AUGGGUCAAACUUUAUCAGAACCAGUAACCACAAAACACACAGAAAGCUGUCAGAAUCAGUAUUUAAAGGUUGGUUCCAGUUCUAUGCAAGGAUGGAGAAUCAACAUGGAAGAUUCCCAUACUCAUAUACUAGCACUUCCCGAUGACCCAAAUGCGGCAUUUUUCGGGGUUUACGAUGGUCAUGGUGGUAAUUACAUUAAAAACAGCUACGUUUGAAAAUUAAGCUUAACAUACAUCAAAAUCUGGAUACUAGUAACUGACUUUAUCAAUAUAACUAGUAGGAAAUGCACUUUUCAGUGAUACCUAAUGGUUUUUAUGAGCUCUUAGUUAAUAAUUUAUAUUCAUUGUAUAGUUUUACGAUAGAUUACUAUUUCAUUCAUAAAACUAUAAACUACUAUAAUAAGUUUAUAUAGAUAUUUAGUUCAUAAAACAAAUUAUACCACAUUAUUAAGUGAAUAGCAUGAGUAAUUUGUCAUUUUUACUACCUACUUGUUUUUUUUCUAAUUUAUAAAUAUAUAAUCACAAUGAAUUUUAAAAGAUGAUUUUUUAUGUUUAAAUUAAAUUAUUUAUUUUUAAAUACCUAUUUCAUUUUAGUCAUUACUUCUAAUAUAUAAUUUAAGGGAAAAAUUUUAAAUAAACAAUAUUAUAUAUGUACAAUAAAUCAUAAUUUAGAUACAAAUUUAAUACAUUUAUCAUUUGAAUGUUGUUAUCUAUAGGUGCAAGGAUAGCACAACAUGCUGGUAAGCAUUUACAUAAAUAUAUUACCAAAAGACCCGAAUAUGAAGAAAAUAAAAUCAGUGAUGCUUUACAAUUGGUAAUAAUUAUUUAUACGUAGUUAAAAUUCCUUAAAUUCAUCUUUAGCAGUAUGUAUUUUUAUAGGGUUUUAUGGAUAUGGAUUCAGCUAUGGCUGAAGAUGAUAUUUUAAAAGAUGAACUAGCCGGAUCUACUGCUGUAGUUGUUUUAGUAAAAGAUAAAGUAUUAUACUGUGUAAGUAAUAAAUUUAGGUUUAAAUUAUAUUCUCGCAUUCUUAACUUACAUUUUACUUAAACCUUAGGCUAAUGUUGGAGAUUCAAGAGCAAUUGCAUCAGUAAGUGGUGUAGUAGAACCAUUAUCAUAUGACCAUAAACCAAAUAAUGAGUUGGAAACUAAAAGAAUUGAAGCUGCUGGUGGUUGGGUCAUGUUUAACAGGGUUAAUGGCAACUUAGCUCUAUCUAGAGCUCUAGGCGAUUAUAUAUUUAAAAAAAAUGACCAAAAAAAAUUAGACGAACAAGUAGUUAUUGGUGAGUUAUCUGUACUUGUAUAAUAUUAUAAACCUGAAAAGUUUGUAUGUUUGAAUGCACACAUCUCAGGAAUUAUCAGUCUGAUUUAAAAAAUUUUUUUUAUUUUAUUAUUAUAAUAUUAGUAAGAAUAAGUCUUAUUAAACAGUUAGUAUCACUAUUUAAAUUGUUUUGUUGUUGUGCUAUAGCAUUAACACUGUAUUCCAACUUAGAGGUCUCUAGUUUGAAUUCUGGACACGUUUAUAUACACAUUUUUUUUGUUUUCAUAAUCAUCUUUUAUAUAUAAUGAAUUUCAAGGAACCGAAAAAAAAAGUUUGUUACAUCAAAAUUUGUUAAACCUAUUUCUGUACAUUUUUUGUUGAACUAUUAAAAAUUUAUUGACAUCUUAUCAUAAUAGCAAUAAUAUACUGUGAUAUGUAUGCCAGAAAAACUUUUUAAUAGCAAGACUUAUUUUUAUUAACUAUGUGUUUUUCAUUGGAGUCAUAGUAGAUGUGUAUAGUAUCUUUGUAAAAAUUUGUUAGAUUGCUAGAGCUUUAGCCAAAAAAAACUUAGGUAUAUUAAAAUUUUCAUUAUAUCGACCUUUUUUGUAUUGCAAGUUGACUGUAUAACUAGUUGUCUUGCAUGGGAUUGCCUCUCAUGUUAACGAAAAAAAAAUUUAAAAAUAAAAUUGUAAUCCCUUGUGGCUCACUGUUUUCAACCCUGUACAGUUAGUUGUUAGUGCCCUGUAAUAUAUUCUUUAUAAAACUUCCGUACCUGUCUAAACUUAAUAGCAUUCAAUCUUAUUAUUAUUUAAAGAAAUAGUUAGUUUAAUAACCAUAUAAACCAUCUCUGUUUAUUAUAUAAUAGUUAGAUCAUUUUAAUUGUUAGUUGUGACAGGUAAGGAAAUUAUUUAAAAAAAUAUAUAUAUUUUUAGGCAACAAUGGUUAAUUGUAGUUUGAAACUAUGAGUCAAAGGAAAACACAUUAUCAUAUUUUAAACUAUGCAUGGGCAAAGCAAAUGAAGGACUGCUAAUAUAAUAUAUAUUUAUUUAUUUUAUCUUAUCCUUGUUUAAAAUGUAUUCUAUUUUUUUUAAAAAAAAAACUGACAAUUACAUUAAAUUACAUAUUGUAAUAUAUAUAUAUGUAUAUAUGUAAUCAAGAUAACACCACAAAAGUGAGAUUGGUAUUAACAGAACAAGGAUAUGGAUCAUGUAGAUAUUUAAAAUGAAAUUAAAUGCGAAAGAAAACAAAAAAACGUGUGUGGUAUUGGAUAAUUUAUGUAAACGAAUUGAUUUGGUAGGAUUGCAGUUUUGAAAGGAACUAAAUAUUUGUCAUAUAUAUCUUCCAUUUAAAAAAUUAGGAAUACCUAACGCAAGUAGGACAAGUGAAUAGUCGUAAGAGAGGUAAAGCAUAUUAAGUCUUGUAAGAAACUUCUGCUGAUCCUGCAUUAAUAUAUGAUAUGACAGGAAACAUUAAUUAAAUACUGAAAUAUCCAUUUUAGUGUUAAAAACAAUAAUUUAAUAAAAAAUUAAAUACUAUCAAUUUAUUUUAUAGCAUGGCCUGAUAUUGAAGUAAAGCCAGUUACAAAGGAUUUAGAAUUCAUUGUAUUAGCAUGUGAUGGCAUUUGGGAUGUAAUGACUAAUGAGGUAUGACAUUAUAUAUUAUAAUUAUUAAAGUUUUGUAUAUAUUUUGAUUAUAAUAAAAUUCAAAAUUUUUUUUUUUUUAAUAGAUUUUUCAAUGAAAAUCUUUUUUAAUUUAUAUUUAUUAUUCAGUUUAGUAUUAAGAAAAUGCUGUAUUGUUAUUAUUAAUACUGCUUAUUGCUUUUUAAGUUCUUACUGAGCUUAAACCAAAUUAAAUUCUUUUGAUUAAAGGAAGUCGUGGAGUUUGUACGACACCGUGUUAGCAAUGGCAUGGAACCUGAGGAUAUUUGUGAAGAUUUAAUGACAAGGUGCCUGGCACCCAAUGGUCAAAUGGGUGGCCUCGGGUGCGACAAUAUGACUGUUGUUAUAGUUUGUUUCCUGGGCGACCGUACUUGGAAAGAACUGCAAGUACAAUGUUCUAAAUCUUGUGCUGCAAAAUCAAACAGUCCAAAUAGCUCGCCAACACUUAGUCCCAAAACCAAACACUAG